UAAUAAUAAAAAGUAGUUAGUACUCCAUAACCUAAACCCAACAAAAACCUAACAAAGAAGAAACCUCAAAUAAAGUUGGCGGCAGACGCUUUCUGGCAUCCGUCCACGGUGUCAUUCAUUCCAAUUUGCUCUCUCUGUAAACACAAUGUGGGCUGUCAUUAAACUUCCUGUAAAUAUCCAUGGAGGAGCAAUUCAUUACAAUCCUAGCAACAAAAAUGGCUGUAAUGGGUUUGUCAGAAGUCGAAAAUCUUUAGUAAAAAUGUGUUCUACACCUGGACAAAAUGUUCAGACUUCAGUUAAAUCACCACUUCCUAUAAUGGUGAAUGGUUGUACUGGAAAAAUGGGGAGGGCAGUUCUUGAAGCAUCAAUCUCUGCGGGACUUCAACCUGUGUCUGUAUGUUUUAGUGGUCCAGAAGAUGAAGGAAAAAUUGUGGAGGCGGGCGGAAAAGAGAUAACUGUGCAUGGUCCUUCAGAUAGGGAAAACAUACUUUCCUCUGUUUUUGAGGAACACCCCAAUCUAAUUGUAGUGGACUACACCGUGCCUGCUGCUGUGAAUGAUAAUGCUGAAUUAUACAGUAAAGUUGGAGUGCCUUUUGUAAUGGGAACAACUGGUGGAGAUAGGGAGAAGCUGUACAAAACAGUUGCAGACUCAAAAAUUUAUGCUGUGAUCUCCCCACAAAUGGGAAAGCAGGUGGUGGCUUUUCUCGCAGCCAUGGAAAUCAUGGCAGAACAAUUCCCUGGAGCUUUCUCUGGGUACAGUUUACAGGUGAUGGAGUCUCAUCAAGCAAGUAAAUUGGACACUUCUGGAACUGCGAAGGCUGUUAUCUCUUGCUUUCAGAAACUAGGCGUUUCUUUUGAUUUGGAUCAGGUACAACUAAUACGAGAUCCUGUGCAACAAGUUGAGAUGGUUGGUGUCCCCGAAGAACACUUGUUAGGCCAUGCUUUCCACAUGUACCAUCUGACCUCACCAGACAGAACGGUUUCUUUUGAAUUUCAACACAAUGUUUGUGGUAGAUCUAUCUAUGCAGAGGGCACAGUUGAUGCUAUACUUUUCCUUGCUAAGAAGGUGAAGUUGAAAGAAGAGAAGCGGAUAUACGACAUGAUCGAUGUGCUGCGAGAGGGGAACAUGCGAUAACAGCUGAGUUUCAUAUGCUGGAGUAGGGUGUAUAGCAUUUAGACCUCGGAAUGGAGAGAAACGAUUGGUGGGUUCAAUUUUGUUGGCUUUGGCCCUUCCAGUGGAUCUAACAGCUUUCGGAUCUGUAGUUGAAUGACUCUUAAGAUACAGAUAUCAAAAUAAUAUAAAGAUUCUAUUAUGACUAGUAGGUUUAGCUCCAGCCUCCAUGCAAGCAUUAUGCUUGCUUCUCUUGAAGAGCUUGUUGUAUGCUUUUUCUUCCCUUUUCAUUUGUAUUACCAGAAGAGAAAGGAUGUUAUAGGAGGUUCCCAAUGUUUUCGAGAAGUACAAUAUUCACCUUGCAUCGAGUUUCGGCUAUUUUCUGUUGAGAUUA